AUGGGAACAAACAUGAAGGAGUUAGAAAUGGAGGACAUAAACAUGGCUAAGUUGUUGAUGAUGAUGAUGAAUUCUUCUCCUCCGGUAAAUCACCGGGACCGGGUUUUCGAAUGUAAGACGUGUAAACGUCGGUUUUCGUCUUUUCAAGCACUCGGAGGACACCGGGCAAGUCAUAGGAAACUCCGGGGGCUUGCCGGAGAAAAUGAUGGCCUUGGAGGUAGUUCUUCUAAGGGAAGAGCACAUUUGUGUCCCAUUUGUGGGAUUGAGUUUCCCAUUGGACAAGCUUUGGGUGGUCAUAUGAGAAGGCAUAGACAACCAACAGUGCUUGGCAUUGAAAUGAAGAAGAAGAAGAAGAAGGUUGAAAAGUUGAACUUGGACUUGUGUUUGGGUUUGAGUUGGGAUUUGGAUUGA